UAUAAAAAAAUAUAUAUGAAUAAAUCGUGGUUGAAUACCACCUGUUAUUAGUCAAAAAUAUGCACGUUUAAUCAAAUUUCUGCCGGAAUUAUGUAUUUUCAAGCAUAGCAAGAGCCGGAACACAUUUACUGCGACACCCACAUUAGCAACGAGUGUUUGCUAUGUCGUAAAUGCUUAAUUUCCCCCAAUUUUUUGGUAACUAUAUGGCAGUUAUUUUGUCUAGAGGGCUCGAAUAAUGUUAAAAAUACUAUUAACUGGUUUUCUAUGCUAUAACCACGAAAAUAUUCAAUUUGCAGUCAUCCCUCAACCCAAUAUUGAGGUUUGACGAUCGAUCACUCCAUCGCUGUAUCGUGGUUUUCAAAAAAUUAAUUAGUAAAUGAUUGGGUGUUUAUAUGGUAGACUGGUCUAUUCUUCGUCAAAAUGCUGUAUUUUGAAGUGAUAAGUAAUAUUGUGGUCGCUAGACGGCAGUAAUGACACAAAACAUUUAGACAUUAGCAUACAUGACAUGACAUUUCUUUCACAUUACAUGAAGUCAGCCAUGGAGUGAAAAAAGAUGCUCCCAUACCGUGUGGAAGUGUGUGAGGAUGUACAGGAGCGACAGUCCACUUGGCAACGACACCAGCAGCUAUUCUGGAUCCAUCCAGUCCAAUGGCUACUCGGCCACGGAUGAGGUAUCAUCACAAAUGUCGUGUAUGUCGAGACCCAGUGCAAAGUCAAUAUACAUGCAAAGGAAACAGUACGCCGCCUCCAUGAACAAGACCAUUAACUAUUUCCACUACAGAGUGGAGCAUCUACUCACGUGUGAGCUGAAUGGCAAGGAGCUGCGAGGCCUUCGGGACUGCGUGGAGAGGCUGAACCUGCUGGACAAGAUGGGGAGAGUUUGGGGUCAGAACAUGCUGCUGGAAGUCAACGGACCGCAUCUGCUGCUCACCGACACAGAGAGCAAGGAAGUGUUGGAGUCCAUCAAUCUGCGUGACGUGGUGGAGCUGAAGGCCAUACUGGACACAUCGGCGUCCAACUCCCUGCUGGCACUGACGGUCAAAGCCAGCAGGAAGCACACCACCAACGUCUUCCUGUUCCACUGUGAGGAUGUCAGGGCAGACUACGUCCAAAAGGGUCUCUCCCAAGCACGCUUAAGCGCACCGCACGAAGGAGCCCAAGAAAAAGCCCCUCGGUGGGCGCCGCCUGAUUAUAACGAUGAUGGAGCGUACGACACUGACCUGGUUGCGUCUCGGAACCGUGAUGACGAGGAUGAUGUAGAGGAGGUGUCGUCCACCAAAGAAGCAGCGUCGCAUCCUCCACGCCUGUACACAGAGUUGGACAGGAAUGUGGACAUCUUGAAUCGGAUAGUAAACGACAUUGAGAUCUUCAUGGGCAAAGUGGCUGCAAUAGCAACCAAAAAUGGAAAGAAAAGAAAAAGUAAAAUGAAAAAAGUAAAAGCUGGUAUGCCCCCUGCUGGAGAGUUUGCGGCAUGUCUCCAUAAGAUCAAAUGUGGCUUCAACCUUCUGGUGGAGCUGAAGGGAAAGAUUCAGAAUCCGGAUGUCUCGGAAUUCAUCCACUCCCUGUUCUCCGUGCUAAGUUUUCUUGUGUCCCACUGCUCGGAGGAGCUGCCUCCAAGCAUCGUAGCUCCUCUGCUGACUCCUCAGUGUAUCUGCCUCAUGAGCGAGGAGGCCACUGCAGAGGAGGACCGGCUCUGGCAGUCUCUGGGGGACGCCUGGAACAUCCCCAGCACCAAAUGGCCCGAGGAUGACGAGGACAUCCCGACGUACACGCUGGAGUUCUCUGACGGCUGGCAGCCUCCCGAGCUGAUGGAGGAACCCGCCCCCGCCCCUGACCCCGCCCCCUUUGUAGCAAGGACACAGGAGGUUCGUCAGCCCCCGUCCAGCCAGACGACCACCAAGAAGACGACGCCACUUCCUGCAUCAGUAACCACACAUGCGGCAAGGACACAUGCAAGGCCGCGUGAAAGGAAUCUGCGUCGCAUGCGAGUCCGCUACGACUUCACCGCCAGGAACCACAGAGAGCUGACCAUCAGAAAAGGCGAAGUCGUGGAGCUUCUGGACGUGUCCAAGAUGUGGUGGAAGGUGCGGAACGGCGGCGGAGAGGAAGGCUUCGUCCCCAACAACGUCCUCACGGCGGACGAAGAACAAGAGGAUGACACGCCGAUCGGAGACUCUCCUGUCUUGAGCAAGAGGUCCAAACCUGCGGAGGUGAAAGCCUGGCUGGAACACAUGGGCUUCACUAAAAUCACCGUGCGCUGUCUCGGCGUGCUGAGCGGCUCCAUGCUCCUGAGCAUGACCCGGGAGGAAGUGAAGACGGUGUGUCCAGAAGAAGGGGGGCGCGUCUUCUUCCGCUUACAGGCCGUCAGGUCCUCCAUCUUGGCUGAUUCAAACUGAGCAACGUUACCGAGAGAGACCAGAAGAAGACGCUCGCAUUUCAUACGCAACGUUUCAUAACAUCUCACAAAUCAGUGGUGUGCCUCCAAUUCAUUUUAUUCAUCUACUAGAUGAGUCCAGCUGAAAAAAAAAACUUUUGUAAUUUUUAGGUUAAGUUUUUAUAGUAUCCAUGCUGUGAGCAUGUAGUACAGGUACAGUAUUUUUGAAGUAUUUUGAUCAUGUGACGUAUAACAUUUCACAUAGCAACAUAGAAAGGAACACUACACCUGUCAAGAUGUCACUACCCAAUUAAAGUAGUUAUUUGGCGUAAAAAUGUUCAUAUCCAUAAUAAUAACAAUGUCAAAAUAGAUGCCUAUUAUUAGCUAUUUUUCUAUCUUUCUAAGAAAAAGUGUAUUCAUGCCUCACAUAAGGAUUAGUGGACACAUUUUUUUUAAAGUGCAGCUUUCCUUUAAGCUAUUCAAUGGUGAAAAUAAUCAAAUGAAAAUUGAAGCACUAUAGUACACAGUACUCACGUCAUUGCUGUUCCAAAGGAGUCCUGCAGAUGUCGCCACCGUGCGUCUGUGGAAUGGUGAUAAUGCUAAAUGUGAUAACUAAAGUGUUACGAACGUCGGUGGGCGUUUAUAUACGUAUUUAUACGUAUUUUUUACGGCGCUAUAUGUGUAUUUAUUUGAAUUUUACAAACACACUCAGAUAGUACUACAAAGAAAAAGAAAAAAAAAACGCUUUAAUCGAUCUAUCUUUUAGCAUUAGCAUUCCAAGUCCCCACUGGAAAAGACGGAAGUGUCUUCUUCGUUGGUUCAACCAACCGCUUCAAGCUGUCGACAUCUACUGGAUGAAAGUGGAACAACAACUAUUCAAUUUUAAUGUAAUACUUUUUAAAAAUGCUAAAGUGUAUAUAUGCUCAGAUUUUAAUAAUGUACUAUGUGAGCUACAUGGCCCAAAAAAGGGGUAGUGCAAAAAUAAAACAAUUUGCUGCUAAGGAAAUGACGACACACAUAAAACCUGUUUGAGCAACUACAAAAUAAAAGAGGUGAACUCCGGGGACCUCUAGUGGACACACAGCGAAUUACAGCAAGAGAAUGUGGUGUUGUGGUGUAACAUGUAAAUAAAUGAUACUGAAUCUCAACAGUUUUCAUGAAUA